CGUGAAAAAUACUCUGCUGCCGCCCUGCAGCUCUUCUUUCUCUCCGUCGGAGCUUUCUGUCCAGAACGCUUAAUCCAAUCACUAGACGCCAACUAAUCUCCAUUCCUCCACGCGUCGCCUUCUCUUUCGUCUUCCCCGAUUCUUCUGACACUACCUCUUUGUCCCGUUUCUUCCUCCCUCAAAGCUUCAUUUCAGCUCUCCAAGUGGCCCUCCUCGCCGUGUAUCUCCUCCAAAGAACAUGACGGCGAUCUCCUCCGCCGGCGAUCGGAAGCACCGUCGCGGUUCCAAGGUCCCUCUCCUCCCUCAGAAGCGCGACGACCGGGAUUACGACGACUGCCAGUCAGCGGAGGUCGGAUUCGAUGGCGCAUCCUUCUCCGGCGCGGUCUUCAAUCUCUCCACCACCAUCGUUGGUGCCGGAAUCAUGGCCCUUCCGGCCAUCCUCAACCAAUUGGGGUUGAUCCCCGGCCUUCUCAUGAUUCUUCUCGGCGCCUGGGUCACCGAGCUCUCCAUUGACUUGGUCCUGAGAUUCGGCCGCGCUUCCAAGACCAGCACCUCCUACUCCGGAGUCGUCGCCGAUGCCUUCGGUGGCUUUGCCCGCACGCUUCUUCAGGUCUGCAUUGUCGUCAACAAUCUUGGAAUGCUCAUCGUCUACUUGAUUAUCAUCGGGGAUGUAUUAGCUGGGACAUGGUCAGAAGGUGUUCAUCACUCAGGGCUGGUCGAGGAAUGGCUUGGCAGCCACCAUUGGUGGACUGCUCGUUCAACCUUGUUGCUUCUCACCACUUUCCUCGUCUUGGGCCCUCUUAUUUCAUUCAAGCGCGUUGAUUCAUUGAGAUACACCUCGGCGUUGUCGGUGCUUUUGGCCGUUGUGUUCGUGGUAAUCACAGCUGGAGUUGCGAUUGUUAAGCUAGCUGAAGGAAGUAUUGGGAUGCCUCGGUUGAUGCCCCAAGUGAAGGACCAGGCAGACUUCUGGAAACUUUUUACAACUGUGCCUGUGAUCGUCACUGCUUAUAUCUGUCAUCACAAUGUUCAUCCGAUUGAAAACGAGCUAAAAGAUUCCUCUCAGAUGAAGCCUAUCGUUCGAGCAUCCCUCACAUUGUGCUCGUCCGUCUACAUCGCCACCAGCUUCUUUGGAGUUCUUCUUUUCGGGGAUAAGAUAAUGGAUGAUGUGCUCGCCAACUUCGAUGGUGAUCUCGGAAUUCCAUACAGCUCACUGAUUGAUGAUGUAGUGAGAAUUAGUUACGGUGUACAUCUCAUGCUUGUGUUCCCUAUUGUGUUCUACUCUCUUCGACUCAACCUGGAUGGUCUAUUCUUCCCGUAUGCGAUUCCCAUAUCCAGAGACAACAAGAGAUUCUUCUCCAUAACCAUCGCUCUCAUGGGAUUCAUCUUUGUUGGAGCAAAUUUCGUGCCUAAUAUCUGGGAUGCCUUCCAAUUCACUGGAGCCACAGCUGCUGUUGCUGUUGGCUUCAUCUUUCCAGCUGCUAUUGCUCUUAGGAAUGCUCACGGGAUCGCGACAAAGAGAGAUCGCGUUGCAGCAUGGCUAAUGUUGUUUUUGGCAGUGACCUCCAGUACAGUGGCGAUUUGUAGUGAUGUUUACAGCAUUUUGAGCCCUGAUAGUGACAUCACAAGCUGACACAAGGCAACAGUUGGUUCAGCAACUUUUCUUCUUCUUCCGUUUGUUGUAUUUACAAUAUUCAGGUACAAGAAAGCCAAAAUGCACAUAACAUCAACAGGGUUGUAGGGCAUCCCAUGACCGAGCUUUCUGGAAGAGUUCCCCCAACAUGUCCGAAGUUCCAGUGUGAUAUUAGUGAUAAUAUAUACCCUUUUCGAUAGUUUACAUUCGUUGAUCUUGAGUGGAACUGAGGCAAGAAACUUGGCCUGGUUUUCGAUGAUAGAAGACCAUAAUUUUUUUGCAUAACCCUACACCUGGAUUAAUCGGAUGAUAGGAGACUGACAUUAUGCUAUUGUUA